AUGGAAAUGAACCCUGAGGACUACAGCUCUGUCUUUUGUCACUCAUCUCAGCUUUGCGUGUCCAAACUGUAUGAAAACUAUAAUUUUCUAAACAAUCUGGUCACUGAUGUUCCUGUGUUUAUCGGCCGACUUGGUCUCCUGUUUCAAAUGUCCACCGUAUAUCCAAUGCUGGUGUACAUCAUCCGGGCGCAGAUUAUGCAUGCCAUUUUCAAUAAAGUAUACCCAAGUUGGCGCCACGUCAUCAUUCUUCACAUAUUGGUGGUGGGGCUGGGAUUACUUUUUGCCAUUGCUUAUCCAUCGAUUGGGACUAUUAUUCGGUAG